GGCAGGUAAAGGAGUUUUUGUUUUGAGUAAUAUGGAUGCAAGUUCUUUGGUUCCCUUGGUUCCUUAGGCAAACAGCGAUACCUUAGGCAGGUAGAUAGGCAUCUGCGCACAUUUUCAGAAAUGAAUGCUUUUACCUACACCUUCUACCUCUCUUAUUACUUCUCAAAUCAGACCCUAACUCUACUAGAGAAGGAUUCCUUAAUAACACUGAUUCUUUACAUACCUCUCUUGCCCAAGCUUGAGACGAACAUCUCCUAAUAUUUCCAAUUGAACUAUAGGACGACAUCAUAAUGGCGCCCGAUAUGUUUACUCUCGCCAAGCGAGUUCAACUCAUUGAGAAGGCUGGAGACAUUGAGACCAUCAGUGAUUUCAAUGCUUCUCCCCUCUUCACUGAAUCGGUUCGCUAUCAUGCUUCCCUCAACGAGACUGCAUCUCAGCCGUUCUCAGCUCAGUACGGUCUUCUUGGUGGCAACAUCACCGACGAUGCCGCCAAGAUGAAGCUUAAUGACUUGAUCUACUACAAUGUUGCUGCCCCAUCCAGCACCUUCAUCUGCGGCAGCCAAGGAUCUGGCAAGAGCCACACCUUGUCGUGCCUUCUUGAGAACUGCCUUAUCAAGUCCGUUGCCAACGAGUUGCCACGACCCUUGACCGGCAUCGUAUUCCACUACGAUACCUUCAUUUCCGAUGCCGGCGGAAGUCCUUGCGAGGCAGCCUUCUUGUCGACCGACCCCAAGAUGAAAGUUCGGGUCCUCUGCGCGCCCACAAACAUCACAUCGAUUAAGAAGACCUAUUCGAACUUCCCCAACAUCAAGGUCGAGGAGCUCCGCAUCAACGAGGCGGACCUCAACACGAAGCGCAUGAUGGACCUCAUGGCCAUCAAGACCGACGGCGACAUGCCGCUGUACAUGCACGUCGUCACCCGCGUCCUGCGCGACCUCCGACGCGAGCAGCAGUCCGCCGAUUCGGGAUUCAGCUACCGCGACUUCCUGACCCGAAUAAUGAGCGAGGAGCUCACGGACUCGCAGAAGACCCCGCUGAUGCAGCGUCUUGACACGCUCACCAGCUUCAUGGCCAAGGAGAAGGUCACCAUGGCCGCCGACAACUUUAAUCUGCAUAUCAGCCGCAGCACCGGCAACAACUGGGCCCCUACCCCGCGCCAGUUGACGAUCGUUGAUCUGUCCUGCCCCUGCGUGACUGCCGAGACCGCGUGCUCGCUUUUCAACAUCUGUCUGAGUUUGUUCCUCGAGCAGAAUCCCGACAAGGUGGGCCGCGUGGUCGCGCUCGACGAGGCGCACAAGUACAUGAACGCAUCUGCCGAGGCUAGCGCCCUCACUGAGCAGCUGCUCGCCACGAUCCGUCUGCAGCGACAUCUCGGCGUCCGCGUCAUCAUCUCGACUCAGGAGCCUACCGUUUCGCCUAAGUUGCUUGAUCUCUGCUCGGUCACCAUCGUCCAUCGCUUCACGUCGCCGGACUGGCUGCACACGCUGCAGCGACAUUUGGCCGGUGUAUCAAUCACGCGCCGCAUGAAGGAGAAGAUGGGCAGCAACGGCCUUGGCAACGGCAACGGUAAUAGUAACGGUAACGGUAACGGUAACGGUAACGGUGUAGCGUCCCUCGGAAGCCGUUUCCAGACCCUCUCCCUCGAGGACUCGGACCCGACGCUUGCCAUGUUCAUGCAGAUCGUCAAGUUGCGCGUUGGCGAGGCGCUGCUGUUCUCACCUAGUGCGGUCAUUGCGGUGGAUGAGAAGUGCUCGGCUAUCGAGAAGCUGAACAACGGUGUCCUGAAGAUCAAGAUUCGCAAGCGGGUCACGGAGGAUGGAGGAAAGAGCAUUAUGGCGGGUUAAGCUUGAUGCAUACGUUCAAGCUGGAUCCCGGUAUGAACAUAGGGAUGGAAGCUUGUGGUGUGCGAUAGGGGGCAGGAGUGAGAAAAGGACUGAUCCGUAAUUCAUCCAGGAGUUUGAGAUUAAUUCGCAUGUGUGUAUUUGAAACGUCGACGACGUCUCGAGGUUACAGUUUAUUUAGAUGCUCAAUGGUGAAGGACUGAUGCAAUUAAUCCAUACAUGAGGAUACCCAGUUUCGGGUUCCUAUGUACCUACCUUAGCAGUCAAGAAUUCGAAGAAAUUGAUGUAACUUUUAAGGGUAUCCUUGCCCAAAUUUUCUAAUGCCAGUGUGAAAUGGAUGCCACGACAUACUUGAUCAACGUUAUUCGGAAGAUCAGCGUCGCGUCUGCAAAUCUGAUACUAUCCGCCAGGAUAUGCCUA